CUGUGCCUCUCGCUGUGAAGCUUCUCCAAUGGCGGACGAGUACACCACUGGCCACUCCUUGCUGCUUUUCUCCAUGUCCUUAUCCUCCCCUGCGUUUUUCUCGUGCCUCUUUCCCACCUAUAUCUCAUCCCAAGCUCCAUCAAUGCUCCUCCACAAUGGCUUCCUUUGCUGCUUUACCUCUUCUUCCCUUCUCUAUACCUCCUCCCCUUUCCUUUCGCCGACCUUCUUCUGUCUUCCUCGCCUCGGCCACCAGUCCUGAGCUUUGCUCCGCCGGGACUGAUGCCUUCGUCGUCUCCACUGCUGCCGCAGAGAAACCCACUGUUCUUUAUGGGUUCUCCGAAGAUUCAACCUUGAAUGACCUUGCUGGAGCUAUUCAACGCCGAAAGGAGAUAUCUUGGACUCUCUCUGAGCUCAUCGAGACCAGCAAACUCACAUUUGUCUCCAUUCACGGCGAUGUCAACACUCCCAUCACUGGAAUCCAGAUUGAUUCAAGGUACGUUACCUCUGGUGAUCUCUUCAUCUGCUGCAUUGGCAAGAAGACAGAUGGCCACCGCUUUAUCUCCGAAGCCCUAUCCAAAGGGGCGACAGCCGUUGUUGCUUGUAAAAAUCUCAACUUUGAUGAUCUUCCUGGGUGUGGAGCUCUGGUAAUCGUGAAAGACUCCAUUGCUGUGCUUGCUUCGCUUGCUGCGAGCUUUUAUAGAAACCCAUCGAUGAUGAUGUCGGUGGUGGGGAUCACCGGAACUAACGGGAAGACCACGACGGCGCAUUUGGUGAAGAGUGUCUAUGAAUCAAUGGGGAUGAAAACUGGGAUGUUUGGCACUGUUGGGUACUUCAUCAAUGGAGAGGAUCAAUCAGAGGUGAAGAACACCACUCCUGAUGCUGUGACUGCACAAAGGCUCAUGGCCAAGAUGCUGGAGAAUGGCACUGAGGCCUUGAUCAUGGAGAUCUCUUCUCAUGGCUUGGCAUUAGGAAGGUGUGAUGAGAUUGAGUUCAACGUUGCUGUUUUUACUAACUUAACUAGAGAUCAUUUUGAUUUUCAUGGCACUGAGGAGGAGUACAGAAACAGUAAGCUCAAGCUGUUUGUGAAAAUGUCUGAUCCAAAGAAGCAUAGGAAAGUUGUGAAUGUCGAUGACCCAAAUGCGCCUUUUUUCAUUGCAAAAGGCAAUGCCGAUGUUCCUGUUGUCACAUUUGGAAUGGAGAGUAAGGAAGCUGAUGUUUUCCCGUUGCGGAUUGAGUUAUCGAUGUUUGGUACUCGGGUUUUGAUUAGUACUCCAAAGGGGUUAGUAGAAGUGUCAUCGAGUUUGCUUGGGAGGCAUAAUGUGUAUAAUAUCCUUGCGGCGGUGGCUGUCGGAAUUGCUGUCAAUUGUAGAUUAGAGGAUGUUGUGAGAGGGAUUGAAAUGGUAAGUGGUGUUCCCGGAAGGUGUGAGCUCAUUGAUGAGCAUCAGCCUUUUGCUGUUAUGGUUGAUUUUGCUCAUACUCCAGAUGCUUUAGCCAGAGUUUUGGAUUCUGCAAGAGAACUCGGUGCCCGGAGAUUAAUCACUGUUUUUGGAUGUGCCGGAGAGAGUGACACAGGAAAGAGGCCGAUGAUGACGAAAAUUGCUGCUGAUAAAAGUGAUGUGGUUAUUUUAACCACUGACAAUCCUAAGACAGAAAAUCCCUUGAACAUCUUGAAUGAUAUGUUGGCUGGAGUUGGAUGGACAUUGCAAAGUUAUGUGCAAUUCGGUAAAAACAAUUAUUACCCGCCUCUUCCAAAUGGACAUAAGCUUUUUGUUCAUGAUAGAAGAAGAGUUGCAGUGAGGGCUGCUAUGGCAAUGGCUGAUAAUGGCGAUAUAGUUAUUGUUGCUGGCAGAGGCCACGAAAACUAUCAAGAAGAAGGAGAUCGGAAGCGAUACAUUGACGACCGGAAAGAGUGCAGAGAAGCAUUGCGUUAUGUCGAAAUGCUACACCGUGCAGCGAUCGACAAGCAAAUUCCUCUAUUGAUAACACAAGAGUCAUUGAUAUCUUUCUGCAAAGACGUCGAAACUUGGUUUGCGAUGGAGGAUCAGAGAAGUCCUUGUGUGCUACCGAUCUUUUGAGGAUUAACAACCAUCACAAUGCCUUUGUAUAUAUCUCAUCUUUGUACUUGAAAUCUUCAUUUCUAAUAUUCUCAAUAAGAACUGAUUCAAGGAUUUCAUUU